AAUAAGCUGCAGCAGCUGCGCCUGCAGGAGCUCCAACGCAACCAGCGGCUUCCACAGGUGGUGGAAGCCAAGGUGGAAGAGGAAGAGGAGGAGGAAGGGGAAGGGGAGGAGGAAGGCAACAGGGACUCCUCGGAAGCCAGUUCCCCUCCCACCCUCCGGAAAAGCACCAGCAGCUUGGACUCCCAGCAGUGCCUCUCCGACGGGUCCACCGACACCAUCUCGGUGAUCGCGGCCGAAACCGGCGAGGAAUUCCAUUCGCCUUCCUUUGACGGCAGCCAGAUCCUCCUCCCGCUGGAGGAAUUGAGCACCGGCCCCCUCCCCAAUCCCGUCACGCCCUCCUCAGAGAUGGAAGACCCUCUCCCCGACACCCCCGGAGCCUUGUCGAAACCGGAACCCAGCCCCUGCAGCUGCUCGUCCUUCGACAGCGCCUACGGGACCCUCUCGCUCGGCUCGCUACACGAACUCGGGGAGCCGUCGCUGCCACAGGGGGAUACGGCGGCUGAGGAGGAGGAGGAAGAGGAGGAUGUCGCCAAGACGGGUUCCCCCAAGCUGCGUCGGCGGACGCCCGUCCAGCUCCUGCCCACCAAGACCAAGGUGCUGAAGUCCAAAUCCGAAGCCAACCUUGCGCAGGUGUUAUCGCCCUCGUUAUUCCUCGUCCAGAGUCAAAGUUUGUCCGAACUUUCUCCGCCGGUCAUGCUGUCCGGGAGUCCCUCCGUGCAGGAGCCCCAAGGCCAGAUCCUCUGCAGGGUCUUUAGCAGCAGCAGCAAUAACAGCAGCACUUCCGAACUCUCCGAAGCCGAGGAGACGUCAUCGGCGGGAAUCUGCGUCUCUCCGGGGUUGGCGGUCGCCGUCUCGAGCGGACCGCCGUCACCAUGCUGGCCGGACGAGGAGAAUCCGAGCGAGGAGCUGUCGGAGGAGCAGCAGGCAUUUUCCGACCCGUCGGCAAUUCAGCACCGGAAGUUGACUUUGGGCCAGCUGUACCGCCUCCACACCACGUUGCUGCUCAACUCCACGCUUACGGCCUCGGAGGUAUGAGAAGCGCCGGAAGAAGAGAACCGAAUGCAGGACAGAGGUCCGGUUCUGCGGUUGCACCCAUCCCCCGCGGGCAUCAAGACCACCCCGCCGCCCCAAGGGGGGUGGGCAGAAGGACAGAGCACAGCACCCCAAACGGGGACCACUUUUCUGCACGGGCGUGAUCCCAAUCGAUGUGUUUGCGGCCGCUGUGCACCCUUGGCCCGAGGACAGGACCGACAAAGAAAAAGUGGGGGGGCAGGAGGGUAGGGCCCCCCAGAGUGCCCCCCCCAGCAACAACUUCCCAGGAACUUCAAAUUUGAACCCCACGUUUUCCCUUUUGCACUGUUUCAAUUCCUCCUGGUUCAAUUCUCCUCUCUGGACACAAAGGAUGGAGAAGGAUAAUUCAAGUGGAACUCCGUGCGAUGCUUUGUCCGUUGUUUUUCUCCCUCGGCUCUUCCUCCCUCUAAAUACGGCUCCCUCGUUACCCCAAAUCUCCCCAUAUCAAGAAUUGAGCCUUGUUACUCCCCUUUGGACGUGCGCCUCGCUGGCCAUGGUCACCCCUCCCCAAAUCCACUUUCCAGGCCACCUAAAAUUUGCUCGUCCGUGCCACGCGCAGUGCUCAAUCCUCAGAGCAACAAGAAGGGACUUUCCAGCCUCGAUUAUCCUGCCUGGACAAUAGGUAUGACACACACACACACCCUAAUCCUGUUCCCGUAGCGGUACGGGGUCUCCCCAUCGAGCAGGAGAAAAAUAAAGACUCCACGUCAACAAAAUAAACAAGUGUUGUUGUACAGAACAACGUAGAGGUCAUCUAAUCCGACCCCGGCAUCCUGAGAGUGGGAGGGAAGGGGUUUGAGCCGAGGUUGGCUGUUUUUCGGGAAAGAAAGGAGAAAGAACCGGAAGGUCGGAGAAGGGAAACGAGAAAGAUAACCAAAGUGAUCCGAGGAACGAGAAAGCAAGACGGUGGCGGGAAGGAUGAAGGUUUUGCAAGCUGGGCGUAUUGGAAGAAGGAAAAACGGAACAGCGGCCUGUUUGAGUUAACGACAAAAUCGACAUUGAGGUCAUCUUUGGGGACGUCCGUGCCCCCCUUGGGGACCUUCCAGUUUUGGGGUGAUAAUUGUCCCGGUUUUCAUUCUAUGGCUGACGUCUUCCGUGGACGAAAAACUAAAUUGGGGCCCCGCUCGGACACUGGACCAAAGCCCACCCACAAAUAUAUCGGCCGCUCGACAUAACUCUGAAACGAUGCAUUUUGUCCCCUAGCAACCCCCCCCCUUUUUUUAAAAAUCAGGGUGUGUUGCGUUUUGCGUUGGCUUAUAACGCUUAUUUAUUGCGCUUGUAUUCUCGCGGGCCCGCCCCCCACCAACCCCCCCGUUUCUCAAUGGGGCAGGAGAAGGGGUGGUGUAACUAGUUCAGUUUCUUUCCGACCAUGGCGUGCCAUGGCAUUUGUGGCUGCCCUCCCCAUGGAGGCUGUGGGGAGGGGUCUUGAUUUUGCAAC